CGGACGCUUUCAUGGCCGGGCUAAAUAUUAUCAACAUCGUCGCUGCUACCUUCCCACCGCAUUUAAAAGCCACAUAGGGAUUGUGGUGCUGCUGAUAUCGAUGUACAAACUCUUUCUGCUGAGGCAUGGGGAGGGGGCGUGGAACCGCGAGAACCGUUUCUGCAGCUGGGUGGACCAGAAGCUGAGCGAGGACGGUGUGAAAGAGGCCCGGGAUUGUGGCCGGCUCCUGAAGGAGCUGGGCUACAAGUUCGACAUAGCGUUCACCUCCAUCCUCAGUCGCUCCAUCCAGACGGCCUGGCUGGUCCUGGAGGCGAUGGGGCAGGAGUGGGUCCCCGUGGUGAAGUCGUGGAGGCUCAACGAGCGUCACUACGGAGCCCUGAUUGGCUUGAACCGGGCAGAAAUGGCCGCCCAACACGGGGAGGAGAAGGUGAAGCUGUGGCGGAGGAGCUACGACGUCACGCCGCCUGCCAUAGAUGAAUCGCACCCGUACUUCAGCGAAAUCUACACCGAUCGCAGAUACAGCACGUGCGACGUAGAGAAGGAAAAGCUUCCUCGGGCCGAGAGCCUGAAGGAGGUGUUGGACAGACUGCUGCCAUAUUGGGAAAGCACUGUAAUCCCCGAGAUUCGCCAAGGCAGGACGGUGCUGAUUGCGGCUCAUGGAAACAGCUGCAGGGCCCUGCUAAAACACCUGGAAGGGAUUUCGGAUGACGAUAUCGCCAGCGUGACUUUGCCGACGGGAAUUCCCGUGCUGCUGGAGCUGGAUGCGCAGCUGAAGCCCGUGAAGGCUCGCCAGCUACUGGGAGAUCAGCAGAAAAUCCAGGCAGCCAUUAAGAAGGUGGAGGAUCAGGGAAAAGCCAAGGCGUCAACUUGAUCUGGACAUAAGACAUUCUUAAAGUAACGUUAUCCUUAGCGGGUACAGGAUAACUCAUUGUUGAUAUGAGAAUGAAACAAAAUCCUGAUGGCUACUUAAAAUAAAUUGAAAGAGAGGAGGAAGUCUUAAUGUGAAGUUAAUGUGUAUCUGACCUACCACUGUGGGGAGGGAGUUGUCAGUUCAUAUUGUCUCCAAAUUGACCACCCUGAUGUGGCUUGUUUACUAAAUAAUGUAUUCAUUCUAGCUAAAAUGCGGUGCUUCAGUUUUAAAACGCGUCAACUUGUUUUAUGUUACAUGAUUUUGUUUUAUUCCUUGUGUGUUGGCAUCAGUGUUAAGGUUGUGUCAAUCUACCAUCUACAGACACCUCCCUUUUGCUACCCCCCACCCCCGAGGAAAAAACAAAGGUGAUAUCACAGCUGAGUAAAUAAAUGCCCUCGGCGAGGAAACCUGUUUUGCAUUACAAAAUACUGUAUGAAUUAUUACCACAUAGACUGCGACUCACUUGCACUGCAUAGUCGGGAAUUAUUUUUCGACGUCCAAGCAAGAAUCCUGGUUGAUUUGAAAUGAUUUCACGGGACAUCCUUCAAACGUUUCAGGAAUUGAAGAUUCCUUUUUCAAAGAUACCCUAUCCCAAAUGUUUGAGGUAUUCAAUGGUUGUAUUGUUACGGUAUUCAAAACAUUGUUUUGGUGCACUUAUUCGAUUUAUGUACUGUUAUAAAAUGCUAAAAGGCACUCCCGAGUCAGCAAGUACUACGUCUUCCAACAGCACUAUCUUGUCAUUGAAUGUAAAGGAAUCUGCUGCUAUUUUGCUCGACUUAGUAUUACUUUUUACUGCCCUCCUGUUUCGUAUGCACUGGUAAAGCGAUAGAUAACCUGUGGGGAUUUAGUAGCAAAUGAUUCAAAAUGCUAGGCACUGUUGUACAUAUACUGUUGUUUUUCAACAAAAUGAGUAUACACUGCAGAAAAUAAUCCAAUUCUCUGUAGCAUGUUGUCUUAAUGUUCAAAAUUGCAUUAUAUUCCCAUGGAAAAAGGCUGAAAAAGUAGGAAUCACUGUUGUGUUUGUCACUCAUCUAAAGUGAAUUUGUUUUUUUGUGAAGCAAAUAAAGACGUUAC